GUGCACUUUGGCUCUGGGAGCGACAAGUCAACACAUUUACUCUCCUAUAUAAAUGACUCGGGCCAACAGGGCCUCAGCUUCGUUUCUGGAGAGGAAUAGAAUACAAGUGACAUGAUGAAGCUGCUGGUCGUUGCCGUGCUCGUCGCGCUCCUCGCUCUCAGUGCUGAAGGCUUCCGUGUGACGAGGCAGGUCGAAGAGGAGGAGGGGACUUUGACCAAAAUCACAGACAAAGUCAAGUCCCUCUAUCAGGACACCGUCAGCACGGCCAGUGGAUACCUGGAGAGCAUCAGGGGCAUGAAGCUGGAGGAGAAGGCAAAGAAUAUUUACUUGGAUACUUCCAUGGUUGUGAGCACCUACGCCAACAUAGCGCAUGACCAGCUUUACCACUUCUUCUACGCCCAGAAGUAAAAAAAACAAAUGAUUUCCAGUGACUGAAACUUUUAACGCUCCAGGAGAGAGGCUACAGCGUCGUUUGACAAUCUGACCUCUGCCUUUGGUCUCACCUCACCCGAACAUCCCAACCCCAGACAGCAUCUUCACAAACAACGUACCCGGGAAAAUGACGACGACCACACAAUGAAGACUGUAUUAAAUAAACACCUUAAAGCUUGCACUGAGGAAAAUGGGGAGAACAACUAAUAAUGUUAUGAUCUAUCGCCACCUACUGGUGAAUUUGUGUCCUCAUAGUUCCACCUCUGAAUAAAUUAAAAAUAUUUGUAUCUUAUCUUGAAAUAAAUAUAUUUAUACAAACAAA